AUGUUAACAAAGUUGAAACCAGGAACUAGUGAGAUUUGUUUCAUCAGAAUCAAGAGGAAACGUGAAGAAGAUCCAAUUGAAUCAUUAGUAUUUGUUUGCAAAAAAGCGAAGAAAUGCUAUAAUGGUGAUGAGGAACUAUAUAAAAUUGAGAAUAAGUUCAAGUUCGCUGGAACAGUUCAUCAGGCUAAUGAUUCCCUCAUCCAUCAAACUGUCAAAACUGCAAUAAGACAGUGUAAACUGGAAAAUGAGAGGAAGAGACACUGUGAUAUAUGGCUGACGAUACUAAACCUAACAGCCAAAACAUUUGAUUCGUUGGCCAAUUUGGAAUGUAAUUUGGCAGAUGAAAACCCAAAAUUUUUCCUCUUCAAUGUGGAAAAAAUUGAUCAGCCUCAGAAAAAGAAAUCAAGAAAUUGUCCAAAAAGGGACGCUGAUGAGAAACAGAAGGAGAUCAAUUUCGUUUAUGACGUCUUCUACAUAAACGACUACAAAUUUGAUUUCUCGCUGUUUCAAAAUGUUCAACACGUUGAAGCAUACAAACAAUGUGACGAUGUUGAAUAUUUGGCAGAGGAGGAAGAAGAUGAAGAGGCUUAUGAAGAGGAUGACAACGAAGAUUGUGAAAACAACUGGCGGAACGACUACCUCGAUGAAUCAUCCUGGUUCUACAAUGCGGAUCAUAAUUUCAGCUGCUAUGACUACGUCCGAGAUUAUGAAUGA